GAAAAAACCAAGGAUGGGAGACCUGUCCGAAGAGCCCUCGACCAAAAAAAACAUAAUGCUGACUGCUGCUGAAAGGCUGGGAAUCCGAACUAGAAAUGAAUCCUGAGUUUUCUGAAUCAAGCUGCACCCCGCACAUUAACUAAAGCUCUCCGCAGAUUUCACCUGGUUGAUCCUCAGUUCCUCCAUUCCAAAUGAACUCAUUUCUGGUGGAGUCUUAUCCAAAUGUCUUCUGAGAGAGACCUCCCCAGGUGGGCACCUCGGUAACCAGCCAUGGGAAACGUCUACAAGUACUACUUCAACAAGGACAAAAUCUUCCAGCACUACAACUACACUAAGGAUAAGCUGGAGAGAGAUGAGGAGUCUCCACUGACUCCCACUGCCAUCCUCAUCAUUGUGCUCUGUUGCUUCAUUAUCCUGGAGAACCUGCUGGUGCUCAUAUCCGUCUGGAGGAACAAGAAAUUCCACUCCGCCAUGUUCAUCUUCAUUGGCAACUUGGCUUUUUCGGACCUCAUGGCUGGCUCGGCUUUCAUUGCCAACAUCGUGCUCUCGGGCCCAGCCACCUUUCGCCUCACUCCGAUACAGUGGUUCGUGCGAGAAGGCACUGCUUUUACCACCCUGGCCGCGUCAGUCUUCAGCUUGUUAGCCAUUGCGAUUGAACGACACGUGGCUAUUACCAAGGUGAAAGUCUACAGCAGUGACAAGAACUGCAGGAUGCUGCUGCUGAUUGGGGCCUGCUGGGUCAUCUCAGCCACCAUUGGGGGGCUACCCAUCCUUGGCUGGAACUGCAUGUCGGACCUCGAGAAAUGCUCCACUGUUCUGCCCCUUUAUUCUAAAAGCUACAUUGUCUUCGUGGUUACCAUUUUCACUGUCAUCCUCUUCUCCAUAGUGGUCCUCUACGUCCGGAUCUACCGCAUUGUCCGCUCCAGCCACGCUGAGAAAGCCAGCUCCCAGACCAUGGCCUUGCUCAGGACAGUUACCUUUGUCCUGGGGGCCUUCAUCAUCUGCUGGCUGCCUGCCUUCACCAUCCUCCUGAUAGACGCUUCAUGCGCCAGGAAGUCUUGCCCUAUCCUUUACCAGUCAAAGUAUUUCUUUGCCUUUGCUACCCUCAAUUCAGCCAUUAACCCCCUCAUUUAUACCCUCCGCAGCAAAGACAUGAGGAAGGAGUUCCUAAGGGUGCUCUGUUGCUGGGGGAUGAUGGGGCAGGGAAAGCCGGCAGAGCGUUGCAUGAUCCCUCUCCGCAGUUCCAGUUCCUUGGAGCGGUGCACUCCAAAACAGGAUCUUCCCACUUUAUCUUUCAUGAAGGAACAUUCCACGUUUGUGUGAAAAAGGGACACCUGGAAAGGGACGGUGGAACAGCCAGGCAAUGGCAAAGGAUGGUG